AUGCUGAGUUUCGGUCUUUUCGUUUCCACUUGUUCAGACAAUUCUGAGGUCAGAGAUCUGAAUGCAGUCGAACUUCAAGAUGUUUUAAACACUAAUAUUUCUUCAACGUUUUAUCACACUAUCGAAACAAGCUAUUGGAAAGCUGCAAGACUUUCCAAGGGAUGGAUUUUAAUAUUUAGUUCGUUUUUUGCACUUAAUGAUCCAUUUGCAAAAAAUUCACAUCAAUUUCUAAUUCAAUCUAAUACAGGAUGCAACAUCCUUUUCUGCUCCGGCCAGAUACGCUCAUCAAGCGAUAUAACUCUUGCAAAACACCUCGACUCUGAGAAUGUUAGUAUUGGCCAGGUUCUACUAGAUGCAUUUUCUAAGGAAAAGAACGUAAAUGCUGUUGUCAAUUUAAUUAAUUCUUUGAUUGGUUCUUUUGUACUUAUAUUUGUUAGCGUCGAAUCAGACAGGGUUUAUUUCACUCGAGAUCAACUCGGUCGUCAUUCAAUUGUUGCCAGAAAGUUUUCAGGACUACCUAAUGAAUUAUUUUGUAUCGAUUCAGUUUCAAGUAUUGUUAUUCCAACCCAGUCUUCUUUUCCGGAAGUUAGUUUGGAUUCGCUUGAAAAAGACGCGAAGGAUUGGUUUGAAAUACCUGCUUGUGGAAUAUUCGUAUCGAAAAUCGUCUGUGACAAUGGGAAUGUUUUUCUGUCAGAUAUUAAUCUAUAUCCUUGGUCUGAGCAGCAUUUACUUCUGUGCUCUUCAAAUAUCCCAGUUAAAGUUAACAGAGUUUUGCAUGUAAAUCAAACUUAUUGUAAUAGCCUUUCUACAAAAUUGUGUAUACCCACAACUUUAAAAGAAGUACAACAGAAGCUUUUGGAUUUAUUAUCUGCUGUUAUACACGAUUCAGUUAAUUUUGACUUGUUAUAUGGUACAAAUUACUCUUUCAAUGUAUCUGAUGUAUUGGGUGAGAAUCGGUCAGGUUCUUUAUUCGGUUUACUGUUUAGUGGCGGUCUAGACUCAUCUGUUAUCGCAGCAUUACUUGACAGAUGUGUUCCUGAAGACCAGUCCAUCGAUCUGAUUAAUGUCGCUUUUCAAAGAUGUACUGGUGUUUCUGUUAACAAUAGUGAUUGCUUCGACAAAGGCAGUCUAAUUUCUGCCGAAGAGGCCCCUGAUAGACAAACUGCCCUAAAGAGUUACGGAGAUUUGUGCAAAUUAUCUGCCCGACGUAAAUGGAAUUUGAUAAAAAUCAAUGUCAAUGUCAGCGAGAUUUCAGAGGCCAGAGUUAAACAUGUAUGGCCAUUACUGCUUCCAGAACAUACAACUGUUUUAGAUGAUAGUCUAGGUUUAGCUCUUUGGUUUGCAGCCCGUGGAAAAGGUGUUUUACACAGUUCAAGUGAAUUCGAAGAGAAAUGCACUUCGUCGGCAAAGUUUCUGUUCCUUGGUUCUGGUAUAGAUGAACAAUUAGCUGGAUAUGCUCGUCAUCUAACAACAUAUAAGAAAUUCGGCCCAGAGGCACUACAAAACGAACUUUUAAAAGAAAUACUUUUUAUAUCUAAUCGUAAUCUGGGAAGAGAUGAUCGAAUAAUAUCCGCUCAUGGACGAAUGCCGCGUUUACCUUAUCUUGACGAAAGAAUUGUGAAUUUUUUAGCUGAAAUUCCUUUGGAAUUUAAAAUAAAUCCAGAUCUGCCUAAAGGUCAAGGAGAGAAAUUUUUGUUACGUCAAGUUGCUUCUAUGUUGAAUUUGAAUUAUGCAUCUAAACAACCGAAACGUGCAAUGCAAUUCGGCAGUCGUGUGGCUAAAGCUGAAGGGUCUAAACGUUUGAUUGGAUCAGCUGACCAAAUAAAGUUCGCACAUCAGUCUGAAUCACAAAAGUAG